CGCUCUCAAACUCUCCCCCUCUUCAUCACGUUAUAACCCUCCUCACCUCUUCGCUCCCCUUUGCUUUCAUCAUCCUCAGCACGCAAAAAACAACCGCAAGUAACACCAACUGAACCGCAGUAGACUGAAGUGAUGGCCGCCGUCACCUCCGCCACCGUCGCCAUCCCCUCCUUCACCGGCCUCAAGGCCGCCGUUCCCGCCAAGCCUGCUGCCGCCUCCGCCAGGGUCCCCGCCGCCACCCCCCUGGCCCCCAGGCUGGCCGUGAGGGCCUCCCUGAAGGACGCCAUCGGCGCCGCUGCCGUCGCCACGGCCGCGAGCGCCUUCCUGGCCGGCAACGCGAUGGCGAUCGACGUCCUCCUGGGGGGUGACGGGGGAGAGCUCGUGUUCGCGCCGAGCAACUUCACGGUGAGCUCCGGCGAGAAGAUCGUGUUCAAGAACAACGCCGGGUUCCCGCACAACGUGGUGUUCGACGAGGACGAGAUCCCGAGCGGCGUGGACGUGGCGAAGAUCUCGAUGCCGGAGGAGGAACUGCUGAACGGCCCCGGCGAGACCUACGCCGUGACCCUGACCGAGAAAGGCACGUACGCCUUCUACUGCUCGCCCCACCAAGGAGCCGGUAUGAUAGGAAAGGUUACCGUCAACUGAGUUUGAUGAUAUCGAUGAGACUGUCAACUGAGUUUGAGGAAUCGAUGUAUUGUUUACUUUGGAGAACGAGGGAGUGUACGGGGAUCAUGAAAACCAGGAUAACGUCUCACGUGUUGCAUUUUGCUCAGCUUGAAUGAUGUAGAUGAAUUGUGCAUUUUGAUGACUCCUGAACCCUUUGGUUUGUUUACUAUUUU